UUAGAGCGCGGGUGACAGUGGCCUGGCGCGGGCCGCGCUGACGACAGGCUGCUCCGCGGUUUCCAUGGAGACGGGCGGGCGCGGCGCGGCUGUCAGCGGCGGGCGCGCGGCCGCGGGGGGCUGCAGGAGGAAGGCGCGGGCCGCGGCCGGGACCCUCGCGGCAGACAUGGACUUGCAUUGUGAUCGCGCCGCCGAGCCGCCGGCCGCCGAGCCGCCGUCGGGGAAGAUUAAUAAGGCCGCCUUCAAACUGUUCAAGAAGAGGAAGCCGGGUGGCACGAUGCCCAGCAUCUUCGGGGUCAAAAACAAAGGGGACGGGAAGGGCGCGGGGCUGGUGCGGAGCCGGACGCACGACGGGCUGGCCGAGGCGCUGGUGCUGGAGGGCGGCCGCCGCGAGGAGCCGCGCGCGGGCAGCGGGGACGGGGCGCGGCCGGGCCCCGCGGCCCCCCGGGCGGCCCCGGGCGGCGCGGGCUCGGCCGCCGGCGCCUCGGUGGCCAAGUCGCACAGCUUCUUCUCGCUCCUGCGGAAGAACGGGCGGCCGGAGAGCGGCAGGGCGGAGCAGGCCGACGCGGGCCCGGCCGCCGGCAGACAAAAGCGGGGGCUGCGGGGGCUCCUCGGCGGCGUGCGCUGGCGCAGGAAGGACCGGCGGCCCAAGGAUGCUGCGCCGGCGGGGCGCGCGGGGGCCCCGGGCGAGCUGGCGCGGCCGGGCUCGCUCACCGCCAGCCUGGAGUGCGUCAAGGAGGAGGCGCCCGCGGCCGCGCGCGAGCCGCACCGCCCCGGCGCCGAUGCCCGGCCGGAGCCAGCAGGUGAGCCCGCGGCGGGGGAGCCGGAGCCGGCGCCGGCCUGCGCCCCGGGAGAGGGCGCCGCGGGGCCCGGGCGCGCCGAGCGGCCCCGCGCGGCCCCGGAGCCGCGCGCCGGGGAGGGCCGGCCGGCCGAGGACGCCGCCGGGCCCGGGGCCGCGCCGGCCGAGACUGCCCAGCCGGCCGACUCCGAAGGCGGCCGCGCGCCCGCCGCCCCCGACCCUUCCUCGGUCGAUCCGCCCUCCGACCCAUCGGCCGAUCGUAUUUGUCUGAUGUUUUCUGACGUGACUUCACUGAAAAGCUUUGACUCUCUUACAGGCUGCGGAGAUAUUAUCGCAGACCCCGAGGACGAGGCAGGGCCCAGCUGUGCCAAGCAUGCCCCCGGGCCGGGCCAGCCGGGCCCCGCCAAAAAGCCCCCCGGCGUGGUGGCCUACCAGGGAGGCGGGGAGGAGAUGGCGAGCCCGGCCGAGGCGGACGACUCCUACGUGCAGGAGUUCUGGGACAUGCUCUCCCAGACCGAGGACCAGGGACAGGGGCCCCAGGAGGGAGCGGCCACGGCGGCGGCGGCGGCGGCGGCGGCGCCGGAAGCGCAGGUGCCACCCGAGACCCCCAAAGACGCCAGGUGUGCGGAGGGGGCCAAGGAGGCGUCCUCGGUCAAGCGCAGGAGGGUCCAGCGGAUCCCCGCCGAGCUCCAGCCGAAGGAGGAGCCCAAGCAGCCGGACAAGGAGCCGCAGGAAGGCGUCCCCAACAGCGACGAGGGCUACUGGGACUCCACCACCCCCGGGCCCGAGGAGGACGGCGCGAGGAAGGUGGGCCUCCCCCGGGACAGCGACAGCGGCGACGCGCUCUACGACCUCUACGCCGAGCCCGAUGGAAGCCCCGCGGCCCUGCCCGCCGGCGAGGAGACGUCCUGCUUGUCCCGGUUGAAGCCGGUGUCCCCGGCCACCGUCACCUGUCCCCUGCGGACGCCGGGAAGCUUGCUGAAGGACUCCAAGAUCCCUAUCAGCGUCAAGCACCUCGCGAACCUUCCAUCCAGCCACCCGGUGGUGCACCAGCAGCCAGCCCGGAGCGAGCUGCCCAGAACAAAAAUCCCGGUGUCCAAAGUGCUGGUCCGGCGGGUCAGCAGCCGGGGCUUGGCGGGCACCACCCUCCGGGCCGCGGCGUGCCACGACAGUGCCAAAAAGUUGUGAGGCCUCCGAGGCCGAGGUGGAGGGGCCGCAGGUCAAGGAAUACAACUCCCCCCCUGGAAACCACUGCAGCAAAGGUUGCUUCCCCUAAAGGAAAGGCCUUUCCCACCGGCCCUGCUCGGGAGCCUGGACCUUGGAGGGCUUUGUGCGGCCGGCCGGGCAGGAGUCAGCGGACAGGGCACACCGCACACAGGGCUUCCCCCUCCAGAUCCGUCCCCGAGAAUUAAUUUCAAGCACUUUUUUUCUUUUUUACCUUUUAAAAAAUGUUUCUUCCUGCUUGUUUUCCUUAAUGCACUGAACUGUCGGAAGUCAUCUUCACUGGCCUUUGCAGAAAGCAGGACUGCACCAAACCUAUAAGGAAGCCUCAUGCCAUGAUAUUGGGCUGCGCCAGGGUCCAGCCGCCUGCAGGAGAUACCGGGAGAACCAGGGGAGCCCUCCUCUUCCUGACACUUUCCUUCUUUUCCUUUCCC